AUGUCUCGGGAGAAAGAGGAUGACACUGAUGAUGAUGAGGAGGACUUCUUUGGUAAUCCGUUAAAGCAUCUUAUGUCUAAAGUGAUGAAUGUCAAGAAGAAUGGUAAUGAAACCGGGACCACUGCAAGUGAUAUCAGAAAGAAAGAGCCGACCAAGAAGGAUAAAGGCAAAAAGGAGGAUACACUAGAUGAUCUGAAGGACGACGACGAUGAUUUACUGACAAUAGGGGGAAAAAGAAAAGUAAAGGAAGAUUCCGCUUUAUCGGAAGUUGAAAAAGAAAUCAAAGAGUUGGAAAUUUUUUCCAAUACUUCUGCUUUUCCCUCAUCUGAUUUAGGUCCCGCAACAAGCAGUUCGACAAAGGAUGAAACCAAAAGAAGGAGAAAAGUUACGGAUGAUGGUGAUUCUAAAUCACUUGAUAGUCUCAUUAUUAUUGACGAUAGUACUCUCGAGGCGGACGAUAACAUAUUUACAAAAGAUGAAGUCUUUAUCGUGGAACCACACUGCUCCAUUGAAAUUGGUGAUCUCGAGAAUUGUGAUACUUGUAUAAAACGUUGGAAAAUGAAUGAAUCAUUCACGAAUAUUAUCAAACUGUAUGCAUCUAAUUGGUCUUGCUCACCGGAAAAUGUAAUUUUAUCACUAAGAAAUGGAAGACGAGUUUCUGCAGAAGAUACUCCACGCAGUAUUGCAUUUAGUGAAAAAGAUGUCAAUUAUUUAUCAAUUUACAAGAACAGUCAAAGUGGAACUCAUAAAAUAACUAUCAAGUGGUUGCUGCCUGAACAAAAUAAACCGAUCAUUACUGCUGUUCCGAGGGAUACUCCAUUCAUAGUUUUGAAACGAGAUUUCGCUGUUGAUAAUGGGUUGAAUGAGAAGAAACUUACAUUAGUCUUUGAUGGCAAACGUAUCAAUCCACAAGAAACUGUGAACACAGUAGGGAUCGAGGAUGGCGAUUGCAUCGACGUUUACAUGAAAUGA